UUGGUAUAGUGAUUGUACAGUAUAGUGUAUUAUAUUCCAAGCUCCAAGUUGAACUUGUGAUCGCUCCAGAGAGCAGUCGAUAGUCGGCUUUGGUGUGCAGUUGAGGUUUGUGAAUGUUUUGUGUAUUUUGUCAAGUUUUUUUUUGACAAAUGAAUUCGCAUAAGUGAUUUGUGUCUAUAAUAAAAAAAAAUCCAGUUUUCUGAUAGGAAGAAUUUUACAAAUUCAUUGUACGAGAAAUUAAAAGCAAUGAAAUUGUUUACACGCACAAAAGUAUUGUUUUUAAUAAUGCAAAAAAAUGAAUUUUGAUUAUAAGUUUUUUACUUUACACAUGUUACGGAUACGAGGCAAAGUAGUUUUGUGAAUAUAUGGAUUCCAUGAGUGGAAAAAUGGACCUUUAAGAAGAAUCGAUCGGAUGUGGUGAUUAGUGAUUUUUAAUAACAGUGUUGGUUCAUCUUCUAAACAGCAGUACAUUAAAGUUAUAAAAUCUGAUAUUAUGUUGUUUCUUCGGAAUAAAAAUAUGAUUCUUGUGCUAAUAUAAGUAAUAAUCAUAGAAGUGAAGCAUUCAUCUGGGUUCUUUGUAAGGCGCCACUAAGAGAGAAUGCUGAAACACGUAUCAGUUUCACCUUGGCGAGGACGAGCAGACAGUGUUAGCCUUGCGUCUAGCGGGAGUUCAAGUAGUUGCGGAAGCGGAAGCCCAACCCCUGGACUAACUCCACCCCCUUCAAGAGCAUCAUCAUGUGCAUCCCUUGUGCCCCUCACAGCGCUGUCGAGCUUUUCCCCAGUCGACUCUGCACCACAACAGACUACCAUAAAGGUCUAUGCAAAGUGUCUUCGCUCUGACAUUGAAUACAAGACGCUAAGUAUUACAUACGAAACGACAUGUCGAGAGGUCGUCCAAAGUCUUUUAAACAAGUAUCGAAUGCGGCAUAGAGAUCCACGAUUAUUUUGCCUGACGAUGGAAGUUACAGUCAGAAAAGCCAACGUACGUACUGCCUUAUCUCUCGAUGAGAAUGCCAGACCAGCCUUUUUGCAGUCCUGUCACCCGCGCGGAGAUUCAAGAUUUUCGUUACAAACGCGAAGAGGUGGUCUUGUGAAAAUAUAUGACAGUGCUUUAAUGUCUGGAUCAAAAUACAAAAGUCUGUUGAUCUCUGAGCAAACAACAGUUGAUGAGCUUAUACAAAUGCUCCUUAACUGCUACAAUUCAACGGAAAGAGUUGAGCAAUUUUCGUUGUACGAAGUAAGCGAAGGAGAAGAAUACCAAAGAAAAUUACAUCCUGACGAUUCUCCACUUCGGGUCACUCAAAGGUGGACCUGCGCUGAUCGGCAUUUACGAAUUCGACGAAAUCCAGACUAUGACCCUCACAGGAGAAAGAGUAUGUGGGCUUCGGAUUCCAUGAUGUCAAGAUUACAUAUCCACGAUGUACAUUUAUGCAAUCAUACGAGCAAUUAUAGAAACGACAGUAAUCGCCAUCUGCUUAAUCACUACAACUACAACAACAGCUUUAAAUCUGGUCAAAAUCAUCAUACAUCAAGUUUAAUGCAUCUUCAUGUGCAACAAUUACCAAAAAGUAUGCCAUCGACACCUUUGUCAUCAAAACACGUGCCUUAUGCGGAAUAUGAAAAUUAUCUCUUCAUUUGAACUUUGUACUUGUUUCAAAAUAUACAAAUUUCAAAUGACAUUAAGAAGUAGGGUAAGAGUCAGAAAAAACAAUUUUCGGAAAUCUUGGAAAGAUCUCUUAUUUAUACUGACCUUAUACCCUAUUUGCCUGAAUUUAAUUGCAAUGUCUUCUCAAGGGAGAUCCGUUUUAAACGACUGCCAGUUUAUAGACUUUUUCUUUCAAAAGUGUUGUGUUAAAAUUUUGUUGCAGCAGUAAACCAAAAAAUACGUAUUUCUUAGCAUAAUAAAUUAUCAUUUUAAUACAAAUUAAUGAAUAAAACUGAAAUUUUAUACCAAAUGUUUGUGAUACAACUGAAAUAACUUUCUUCCAAUUCUGGAUGUUAAAUAAAAGCAUUCCAACUUUCUAUUGUUUUUCCGUAAUGAUAACUGGUAUUUUUCUAAUUUUGUGAUUAGUAUUCCAAUUCUGUCAAAUCACAAAAUCAAGCACAUUUGGAACAAGUAUACAAACUGCACGGAGAGAAAAGUCCAACUACUUUAUUAGGAUAUUUCUUCAUGAGACUGUUUUAAGCACCCCCAUGCUAAUUUAAUAGACUAAAUGCUUAAAAGAUGUGGCUUUAUACUUUUCUUGUAAGAGCUAUAAAAGCUAGGAGCUAGGUUUUUCUCUCCAUCUGUCAGAUGGACAUUUUCGAGAGGACGCACUGAUGUAUUCGAAAAUUAAUGAGGCACAGAAACUAAAAUUAAUGCCAAAUAAUCAUAUACCAAUGGUUGCCAUAUCUAAUAUGGCAUUAUGUUAUACUUUGCGUUCUUCAAAAAAAUAUCGAGAUGAUAAAUAUUUAUAGCACAUGGCCUCGUGUUCAAUAUUGAAGUACAUUUUGAAUGUAACGUCAGUAAACUUUUCGUUUUCCAUGGGUAGGAGAAUUUCAAACUUAACGACAAACGUGAACAUUAAUAACAGAAAACUUUCGGCAUGUUAUUCGUGUUUACUUGAAGGAAAUAUGUUAGCAAUAUAAAAAUUUUACCAAAGGUAGGAGAAAUUGUAUGUUUAUAUGUAUGUGUUGUUUGUGUCUGUGUAUGCGUGCGUGUUUAUUAUAAAUGUAAAAUGAAAUCAAUUUAAAAAAUUGUAACAUUUUUAAAACUACUAUAAUUUGAAUGAUGCUGUUUCUUUUAAUAAAUCACUUAUUGCUAUUAAUGUAUCGGCAAAAUUGCU